AGGAGACAGAGUUAUAAACGGAGACUGAAGUACCGUGAUUUAUUUUACAUACGCGGUUGUUUGACGAGGGUACAAGGUUUAAGAAAGUCCAUUAUGCUGAGACGACAUACGAUGAUAACAAUACAGCACAUGGGAAAAGUCAAAAUAAAGCCAUGUUUCAGUUUACAGAGGCAACUGGCCAGUGUGCAUCGCACAGGAGGGUUCCCACGACUGGGUUGAAAAUUCAAGGACUUUCCAGGACCAAUUCCCUCAAAUUCAUGGACCGAAAGUGCUGACACUUAUAUUGGAGGGCAACUUGUAAGAGCCGCUUCGCCCUUGGCGUCCAUUUUUAGUGAUUUUCAGCACACUCUGUAUCUGGCCAAGUGAUUGUCCUUGGGAAUUCUCUUUGGUGCAGUACGGUGGAUGAGCAGAAACAGACCCGCUCCUCUGUUGACGGCUGCUCCUGUUCGUGCCAUCAUAGAUGAACCGAUCAGCAUUAAAGGGCAAUUCCUCCCCCCAUACUCUCCAGUUACAUUUUGUGCACAAUUGCAUUGUGAUGAUGGUGACCUGUGGGAGGCAUCCGCCCAUUAUAAUACAAAAGCUGAUGGCACUGUCAACUUGACCAGGGAUCAUUCAGUCGGGGGUUCAUAUUUAGGCUGUGAGCCAAUGGGACUCUUCUGGGGACUGCAGCCAGCUCCUGGAGGAAGAGAGGGUUUGAGACUGAGGAAAAAAAAUGUUCAAACUCCAUAUGUCGUGCACAUUUCCCUCUGUGAUGGGCAUGUUUCUCCUCGUGAGAGGCAGAGCACUGAGCUGGCUGCUGUAACUGCUGAGCGCUGGUACAUGGCACCAGGCGUAAAGAGGAUAGAGAUUCGCCAAAAUGGAAUUGUGGGGACGUUAUUCUUACCUCCUGGUCCUGGUCCAUUUCCAGCCAUGUUGGAUCUGUGGGGGAUGGGUGGAGGACUGCCAGAGUAUCGCUCAGCCCUGUUUGCAUCCAGAGGUUACGCCAGCUUAUCACUCGCCUACAUCGGGCACAAAGACUUACCUGGCCCACAUAACUCCCUUAAUGUUGGUGAUAUAUAUUUCAAGUCAGCAUUCCAGCUGCUUCAAGGUCUUCCUCAGGUCUGUGCUGACAGAGUUGGGGUCAUCGGUCUUUCAUUUGGAGUCUACCUGGCUCUUCGAAUUGCCACACAGUGCGGUGUCAAACCAUCGUGUUUGAUUUGCAUCAAUGGGCCAGUAGGAAGCACCGUGAAGCUGCGAAACGAAGACGGCAUGACUGAACCCAAUGACAUUGAUCCAAAAUAUUGGACGUGUGAUCAUCGAGGUUAUGUCGGUUUCAGAGAAGUCUCUUUACCUGCUAAUCUUCACCCAGAGAGCAAAGUCAAGGUGGAAAACAUCAACUGCCCGUUAAUGUACAUAGUGGGAGAAGAUGAUCUUAGUGCUUCAAGCAGGGAGAAUGCAUACCUGAUUGAGGAAGGCCUGAGGGCUGCAGGUAAAUCUCACCUCUUCACUCAACUGUCGUAUCACGGUGCUGGGCACUUGAUUGAACCGCCGUACACACCCAAUUCAAGAGUGUCCCUAUGGAGCGUCAAACCAAAGAAAUUAAUAACUCUGUGGGGAGGUCAUCUCGCACCUCACGCCGUCGCCCAGGAAGAUGCCUGGAAGAAGAUCCUGGAUUUUGUGGAAAACAAUCUAAGACGGUGAAUCUGUGGCAGUGGGGAGUCUGUUUUAAAUGCUGUUUUUAUCUCCAAGAGUUUUACAUGCUUAGAACUGAGGGAGAACAGGGAGAAACUGUCAAUGUACCACAGGGGGGAGCUGGUGGGUCAAAAACAGCUCUUUACAUUAUUUUAAAUACAGCUGCUACACU